GAAGACCGAAAUUGCCUAGAAAAGGAAGAGCACAUUCAAAGCUCCUUAGGACCACUAUAUUUACGCUGUUUUCAGCCAUUUCCUUGCCGUCUCUCUGUCAUUUACACCAAAACAAACCAACUCCUCCACCAUUCCCUCAUUUCACCCUUCUCACAAUUCUUCUCUCUAACCGCCCCUACCUCUGUAUAAAAACAGAUCGCGUCAUUCUCAAAAUAAAAAAGAGGAAUUACCAGUCAUUACCUGAGUGAGCACCUCUGAUUCAAGGGCGUAAUAGGUGUAAAGUUGGGUGUGGGUUUCCAGGAGAAGAGAGAUUUGCUGAGUAGUUUUGUAGCUUGAAGUGAUCGGAAGCAUAAUAUGUAAGGAAAUGGUGACUACUGCAUUCAGAAAGAUUGUAUACCCUUGCUGGAGGCCUUCAAUUGAGGACGAAGGCCAAGACUGGAGCAAUAGAGGGGGGGACCCGAAUGGCCGGGUUGAUGGGCUAUUGUGGUAUAAGGAUUUAGGGAAUCAUGUCAAUGGGCAAUUCUCUAUGGCUGUAAUUCAAGCAAACACUGUACUGGAAGAUCAGAGCCAGCUGGAGUCUGGGCCGAUGAGCUCGGUUGAAACGGGCCCACAAGGGACAUUUGUGGGAGUUUAUGAUGGCCAUGCCGGUCCUGAUGCUGCCCGCUUCAUAUGUGAUCACCUUUUCAACAACAUCAAGAAAUUCACCACACAAAAUCAUGAAAUGUCAGCCGAGGUUAUAAGCAAAUCAUAUUUAGAAACAGAAGAGGAGUUUCUUUCCUUAGUGAGAAAGCAAUGGCUAAUGAAACCUCAAAUCGCUUCAGUGGGGUCAUGCUGUUUGGUUGGCAUAGUAUGCAAUGGCAUGUUGUACAUUGCAAAUGCUGGAGAUUCCCGCGCAGUAUUAGGAAAAGUUGAGAGACAUACGAAAGAUGUUAAAGCCAUUCAGUUGUCAUAUGAACACAAUGCGAAUCUGGAAUCUGUUAGAGAUGAACUAAAGUUGUUGCAUCCUGAUGAUCCACAGAUAGUUGUUCUAAAGCACAAGGUUUGGCGCGUCAAGGGGCUUAUACAGAUAUCAAGAUCAAUAGGUGAUGCAUAUUUCAAAAGAUGGGAGUUCAACAGGGAGCCAUUGUUGCCAAAGUUUAGGGUAACUGAACCCUUCCAUACCCCAAUCCUUAAGGCCGAGCCGUCCAUACAUGUCCAUAAACUCCUCCCUGAAGAUCAGUUUCUUAUAUUUGCAUCAGACGGCUUAUGGGAGCAUCUUACCAACCAAGAGGCAGUUGAAAUUGUCAACUCUUCUCCGCGCAAUGGUGUUGCCAGAAAGCUUGUGAAAGCUGCACUUCAUGAAGCAGCAAAGAAGAGAGAAAUGAGAUACUCGGACUUGAAAGAUAUAGACAGGGGUGUGAGGAGACAUUUUCACGACGAUAUCACAGUCAUUGUUUUGUUCCUAGACAACCAUUUGAUUAAUCGGACUUCCACCCACGGGCAAGCGCUUUCAGUUAAAGGAGGCGGAGCAGAGAAGAUCACUAUGAUCGUGAAGGCUGGCCGAUGUUCAAGUGGCUCUGUGAGAAGAAGAGCAUCAAUGACCUCAUCAUGAACGUAGGUGGCUGUGCUGGUGGUGGUGCGGUUGUCGUUGCUCCAACCACUGAAAAGAAGAAGGUCAUUGAUGAACGGAGUGAAGAGAGAUACGGGAUCAACUUACUUGAUGAUUAGUCUAAAAUUUCUUUGAAUUGCUAGCUUUUGACUUGCAGACAAUUUUGAUAAUUUUAUAAUACUCAUAUCUCGUAUGGAGAAUUUAUGAACCCCGUCAUCAUUGAAAUAUCUAUUAAAAUCUAAGUGAAUCUAUAUUUUA